UGAAAAUCUCGCCAAAACCCUAAAACCCCGGCUGUCUCUUCCUUCUCCCAAAACCCUCGCUUUCUCAUCUCUCCUAAUCGUCUUCCACCGCCGCCGAUGGCGACUACGGCGUCGCAAGCCCUGAAGAAGAACUACCGCUGUGUCUCCUCCCUGCAGCAGUUCUACAGCGGGGGACCGUUCGCCGUCUCCUCCGACGGCGGCCUCAUCACCUGCGUGACUCUCGAGGGGGAUUCGGAGGCCGUCACUGCCCUAGCUCUGAGCCCCGACGAUAAGUUCCUCUUCUCGUCGAGUCACAGCCGGCUUAUUAGGGUUUGGGAUCUUGAAACACUCAAGUGCAUCCGAUCAUGGAAGGGACAUGAAGGUCCAGUAAUGCACAUGGCUUGCCAUGCUUCAGGAGGGCUGCUUGCUACAGCGGGGGCAGAUAAAAAAGUCUGUGUUUGGGAUGUAGAUGGUGGAUUCUGCACACAUUUCUUCAGAGGUCAUCAGGGGGUUGUGACAAGCAUUAUUUUCCAUCCUGAUCCAAAGCGUUUGAUUUUGUUUUCAGGAAGUGAUGAUACAAGCGUGCGCGUUUGGAGUCUUGAAAGUAAAAAGUGUAUUGCGGUGCUUGAGAAGCAUUUUUCAUCAGUGACUUCCUUGUCAGUGUCUCAAGAUGGUCUGACCUUGCUUAGUGCUGGAAGAGACCAGGUUGUCAAUCUGUGGGACCUGCACAAUUACAGCUUUCAGAUGACUGUCCUAGUAAAUGAGAUGGUUGAAACUGUUUCUGCAAUCUAUGAUGGUACUGCAGUAUCUUCUUGCUUGGGGCUAUGUGAAUUGCCAAUUGAGAAGAAAAAUAAGAGUAUUUCACCAGCUGUUUAUUUUCUGACUGUUGGUGACUGCGGUAUCAUAAGCAUAUGGAGCUCUGAAGGUGGUACCUGCAUAUAUAAGCAGCGAGCUUCAGAUGUAAUUUGUGGCCCGGAUAAAGACAAUGCUGAAAGAGGAUUCACAUCAGCUGUUAUUUUGCCUUCUGACCAAGGGUUGCUUUGUGUCACUGGUGACCAGCAAUUUGUUUUCUAUCACCCUGAGAAAUCUUCAGAAGGGGCUUUUCAGUUGAAUUUGUAUAAAAGACUUGUUGGAUAUAACGAAGAAAUUCUUGAUAUGAAAUUUCUUGGUGAAGAGGAAAAGUUUCUUGCUGUGGCUACAAAUUUGGAACAGGUUCGAGUUUAUGACAUGGCAUCCAUGUCAUGCUCUUAUGUUUUGGCAGGGCAUACAGAUAUUGUCAUAUGCUUGGAUACAUGCAUAUCAAGUUCUGGGAGGACACUUGUUUUAAGCGGGAGCAAGGACAAUAAUGUAAGAUUAUGGGAUGUUGAAAGAAGAGGCUGUAUAGGAAUUGGUGAAGGACACACAGGAGCUGUUGGAGCUGUUGCUUUUUCAAGAAAAGGGAGAAACUUUUUCGUCAGCGGCAGUUGUGAUCGUACAAUCAAGGUGUGGAGUAUUGACGGUGUCUCAGGAGAUUUGGAUCAGGAGAUUAAACUUAAAUCAAAAGCAACUGUGGCUGCACAUGAUAAGGAUAUAAAUUCUCUUGCUGUUUCCCCAAAUGAUAGUCUUGUCUGCAGUGGUUCUGAGGAUCGCACUGCAUCCGUAUGGAGGCUUCCCGAUUUAGUACUCACGGUGUCUCUUAGGGGACACAAGAGAGGAAUAUGGUCUGUCGAAUUCUCGCCAGUGGAGCAAUGUGUGAUAACAUCUUCUGGCGACAAGACUGUAAAAAUAUGGGCCAUUUCUGAUGGUUCAUGUUUGAAAACAUUUGAAGGUCACACUUCCGGUGUGUUAAGAGCUUCAUUCCUCACUCGUGGCACCCAGUUUGUUUCAUGCGGUGGUGAUGGUUUGGUUAAACUGUGGACUAUCAAGUCAAAUGAGUGCAUUGCUACGUAUGAUCAGCAUGAAGGAAAGAUUUGGGCACUGGCUGUUGGCAAGAAGACAGAAAUGCUUGCAAGUGGUGGUACUGAUGCUGUAGUUAAUUUGUGGCAUGAUAGCACUGUUGCAGAGAAGCAGGAAGCUUUCCAUAGAGAACAAGAAGCCACUGUGAGAGGUCAAGAGCUGGAGAAUGCUGUUAAAGAUUCUGAUUUUACGAGAGCAAUUCAACUUGCAUUUGAACUCCGGAGACCACACCAACUUCUUGAUUUGUUUUCGCAAUUGUGUAGGAGAAAAGGUUCAGACGAGUCACUAGAGAAGGCUCUGACCGCUUUUAGUAAGGAAGAACUUCGUGUACUUCUGGAAUAUAUACGGGAGUGGAACACAAAGCCCAGACUGUGCCAUGUUGCGCAAUUUGUUCUUUCCUGCGCAUUUAAAAUUUUCUCCCCAACCGAGAUUAUGGAGGUAAAAGGCGUGAGUGAGCUUCUUGAAGGCCUUAUACCUUACUCUCAGAGGCACUUCAGCAGAGUUGACAGGCUCGUAAGAAGCACAUUCUUAUUGGAUUAUGUUCUUGUCGGAAUGUCAGUGUUGGAUCCAGAUAUCAAUGCAACAUCAUCCAAAUCGGAAGCUAUAUUGCCUUCAGAUAACCGAUUGGUGUCCUCAAAUAAUGGGCAAAUAGACGAUAAAUCAACAAAUGAGAAUGUUAGUGAUGAUAAAAUGUCGUUGCCAGAGAUGGAGGAAAGGCCUUCAUCCAAGAAACGGAAGUCCAGCAAAUCAAAGAAGUCUGGAGAAAAGAAAGCCAAGUUGGCAUCACAAAAAGAGGUUUCGGCAAUUUCAGUGGGGGCGUAAAACUCCAAUUAUUGUGUGCUGUAUGAUCUAAGUUGGUAAUAUGGUUUUCUGUUAAAGUUAUGUUUUUUUUUUCUUUUUGGGCGCACCCAUUUUUGUAUCUUAACAUCAUCAUUUUAUAGCAGUUUAUUGCUUUGAGCAAUUUUGAAA